AUGUUUAUAAUUAAUGAAUAUGCUUUAAAUAACGAUGAAAGCAUCUAUGAUUUAGCUCAAGAUAAUGAAAAUGUCUACGAUUUAACUCAAGAUAAUGAAAGUAUCUAUGAUUUAACUCAAGAUAGCGAAAGUUCAUACGAUCUAAGUCAAAAUAAUGAAAAUGUUUAUGAAUCAACUCAAGAUAGCGAUUUAAUUCAAGGUGCUAGUUUAGCUAUAAGUGAAAAUUAUGAAGAAGAUGAAGAAAUGGAUCUGUUUUAUGAAAAUGAGAUGGUCGAAUAUGAAAAUAAUUGGGACUAG